AUCUAAAGCACCGCCUCCUCCAUCUGAAACGAAACUGGUUUCUGUUUCUUCAUUUGAUGAUACAGCAUCAGCCAAUCCCAUCAUGGAACAGAAAGAAAAUGUAAUCGAUAAAGAUAUUGAACUGUCAGUGGUCCUGCCAGGAGAUGUGAUCAAGUAUACUACAGUUAACGGGAGGAAGCCCAUGAUGGACUUGCUGAUCUUUCUCUGUGCACAGUAUCACUUAAAUCCAUCAAGUUAUACUAUAGAGUUGGUAUCAGCAGAAAAUAGCCAGAUAAAAUUCAAACCUAACACACCAGUAGGAAUGCUUGAAGUGGAAAAGGUGAUCCUAAAGCCAAAACAAAUUGAUAAGAAGAAACCUGCUCCUGUUAUACCAGAGCAAACAGUAAGGGUAGUGAUAAACUACAAGAAGACACAGAAGACUGUAGUAAGAGUUAGUCCGCAUUCACCCCUUCAAGAGCUCAUACCAACUAUCUGUAGUAAAUGUGAGUUUGAUCCCUCACACACUCUGCUGUUGAAGAACUACCAGUCUCAAGAACCCCUUGAUGUGACAAAAUCUCUUAAUGACCUUGGACUAAGGGAACUGUAUGCCAUGGAUAUCAGUCGAGCCACAUCACCAGUUGAUUUAAAUUUACCAUCUUUGCAAGACUCCUACCAAUCUGAAAAUUUAGAUGUUCUGAAGGAGAAAGAAAACAAAGGAUUUUUCAGCUUCUUUCAACGAAACAAGAAGAAAAGAGAACAAGCUGCCAGUGCCCCAGCAACUCCAUUGAUGAGCAAGCCAAGGCCAACAUUUAUCACAAGGUCUAACACUGUUAGCAAGCAGUAUGAUUCAAACACUCUGCCAUCUGAAAUGCCGAAGAAACGGAGAGCUCCUUUACCACCUAUGCCAAAUUCUCAGAGUGCUCCCCAGGAGCUUACACAAGCCCAAGCCAGACCGGCAUCUGAUACGGUGAAAUCUAACAGCCUUGAUAGGAACGAGCAGGCUGCUCUGGGUUUAGUACGGAAAGGUUCUCUGCCACUCAGUGACACUGCUUCCGUGAACUCCUCUCUACGGAGGAUGAAGCGCAAAGCGCCCUCACCACCCUCUAGAGCACCAGAAGAUCAAAGUGAAAGCAGCAGUAAGACUGUAACAAUGUCAACAGAAUCAGCUCAUGCUAAAGUGGAAGAAAGAGCCAUUGAAAUGCAGUCUGAAACAGGUGUAAGGAGCUCAGAAUACAACCUGGAAGAAAUUGAUGAAAGAGAAGAGAUGGUUGUGCAACAGAGAGAGGACAGUGAAAGUACAAAUACCUCUCUCAGGACAGGAGAGGUUACUGCAGCCUUCAGCUCUGCCGAGGUGCCGUUGGAAAUUGAAAGAAAUGAUCCUGCUUCACCAGCUCCAGUUCCUGGCAGUGUUUUGGUAGACAACUCACAAAGCUUCAAGGAAGAAAAACAAGAAAAUAUGAGCACAGAUGGCAAAGGACUACAGACUCAGAUAAGCAGUGAGCAAGCUGCAUUUGAAAAAGACAGGAAGCUUAAAAUGUUGGAUCAAAACAAAAAUGAUGUUAAAGAUCACAGUGAUACAAAACUCCUUCCAACAACAGAAGAAGGGAAAGAACUUCAGACAGCCAAAAUUGAAACAGUGGAUUUUAGAGAAAAUAACAAGCUUGAAGGUGACAGACUAUCGAACUGCCAGCCAUGUAAAAAUGACAUUUCUGUAAGUCAUAGGAAUUAUCCUCAACUGAUUCCAGAAAAGCAAGAUCAGAAAACAAAUCAAACCAGCUCGGACACAGUGAAAACUCAGGAUGUGGCAAUCCAGGCAGGUCCAUCAGAUAGCAAUUUGGGAAGGACUACACAGAAAGAAAUUAUUGUUUCUCAGGGUUGUGACUCAUCCAGAUUCAGAGGACUGGUCCCUCAACACAACACAGAUAUAAACAACCCCCUUCUUCAAGUGCUGCAUGGAAUACAAAAGGAUGAAGGUACUUUAAUGGAGCAAAAUCUUGAGACACAAGAAGUUACCCCUGAAAAAGCAAUUCCUGUAAGAGAUCAGAGUCACAUUUGUAUAAAUGGCAGUAAUUUCCCUUCACCAGAAACAACUGCAAAAACUCCAGAUGGCUCUCCUGUAAAAGAUUACCCUUUUUAUAGACAGGACACCAAACCUAAACGGAGGCCUGCUAAUGAAAUUACAAGAGAUUACAUACCAAAAAUUGGAAUGACUACUUAUAAAAUAGUGCCUCCAAAAUCCUUAGAAAUAAUGAAGAGCUGGGAAUCAGAAAUUCCAUCAGAUUUUAAGGAUCAAGAGGUAUCUACUUUCGAAAACUCUCUGAAGCAUGAAGACUCCAAAGAAAUCACAGUGCAGGCUGAAAUUCCUCAUCUUCCAAAAAGUGUGGGUCAUUUACAGGUUGGUUCACAGAAUGAACCUGCAGCAGCAAAGGUUCUGCUGCACAGAGCGAACAGCAUUUCUGAACGCGUUGUGAUGUCUGGAGCUGUGAUUACUACUGAGAGCAACUGGAUGGAAACAGAGUCUUCCAAACAGCGUGUCCCACUCAUGCUAAGCUUGGAUAAUACAAAUGCUGCUCCUGAGACUCAGGACAAGUCAAAUGCAUUAAGUCCUACAACGAAGCCUAGUUCUUUUUAUCUGCAGAUGCAACGAAGAGCUUCAGGUCACUAUGUGACAUCUGCAAUUGCCAGAAGUACUGUUUGUGCUCCUCAUUCCAUUCAAAAUGAAGCUAAAAUUACAGAGAUGGGAAAAAAAGUCUCAUCACCUGAUCCAACCUCUUUAACUUUACAUAAAACAAGUACUUCCUCUCUUCCAGCAGAUGAAGAAAAAGUCGAUGAUGGAAAAAAAAUUGAAUCUUCCACUUCUCCUGCUAAAAGCAAUAUACCUUCAAGUUUUCCCUCCUGUCCGCCAGCACCAUUGUACUUAAGAACUCUAAGAACUUUUGCAGUUCCAAAGCUGUACUCUAGUUCGAGACCAUCCCCUUUUGCUCUUGCUGUCUCUUCUGCAGUCAAAAGGUCACAGUCGUUCAAUAAGACACGUACAAUCACUAGCCAGGCGCCAAGAGAGGAAUUUCCUGCAGAACUCCCCUCUGCUGCUUCAACAGCUGAAUUCUCCUCAGCUAUCUCCAUGUCUCAAGUGAAAAGCCCUUCCUUACAGAUCAUAACAGGGGGGUCACAGAAUAGUCUAAUGGAUAAGAAAGGCAGCAAUGUGAAUAGCGAGCAGAAGAGUCAGGCGCAGUCAGGUGCUUCCACUGACCACCCACCCCCUGUCACUAAAGCUGCGAUGACGUUCCAGCGCUCUGACCCAGAACAGAUCCACCAGAGCUUGCUGACUGCAAUCCGCUCUGGAGAAGCUGCUGCCAAAUUGAAAAGGGUUGGUCCUCCAUCCAGCACCAUGUCUGUCAAUGGAAGAGCCAGGCUUACUCAUUUGUAUUCCACAGAAGCAAAAGCUAAUCACUAGAUAUUAUACCAAAUAUCUUGC